GCCUCGGUCCUUUCCGCCCGCGCUUCGGCGUCGCUCGGCUCCGGUCCUUCCCCUCCCUCCUCCUUCCCUCCCUCCCAGCCCGGGAGAACCGCGGGCUCCGGACGGCGAGUUGGCGGUGGCUUCUCGCGCGCGGCCGCUUCGGCUCACCUGGGCGCCCGCUCCCAGCCCCGAAACUCGUCCCCCCGUAACUCCGCUCAGACCGGCCGGUCCCGGCGGGAGGCGCGGCCGCCCCAGCGCCCGGGGGUCGUUCCCUCGCCUCCUCCGGGCGGCGGGAAGGAAGAGGCGGCGGCGGCCGGAGUCGGGGCGGGCGGCCUGAGGUGAGAGCCCGGCCGGCCCCGCUGGGAAUAUGGCGACCGGUGGCUACCGGACCGGCGGCGGCGGCGGCAGCACCACAGACUUCCUGGAGGAGUGGAAGGCGAAGCGCGAGAAGAUGCGCGCCAAGCAGAAUCCCCCGGGCCCGGCCGCCCCCGCCGGGGGGACCGGCGACGCGGCCGGCAAGCUCCCGCCGGGGGCCCUGGGCACCUCGGCCGCCGCCGCGGCGGCCAACGAGCUCAACAACAACCUCCCGGGCGGCGGCCCCGCCGGCGCCGCACCUGCCGCCCCCGGCCCCGGGGGCGUGAACUGUGCCGUGGGCCCCGCGCCGCUGAGCCGCGCCGCCCCCGGCCCGCGGCGGCCGGAGGACGAGUCCCCUCCCGCCGCCGCCGCCACUUCGGGGGCAGCGCCCGCCCGGGGCGGCGAGGAGGAGCGGGACUGCGCCCCGGAGAAGGGCAAGAGCUCGGGCCCCAGCGCCAGGAAAGGCAAAGGACAGAUCGAGAAGAGGAAGCUGCGGGAGAAGCGGAGAUCCACCGGCGUGGUCAACAUCCCCUCCGCAGAGUGCUUAGAUGAAUAUGAAGAUGACGAAGCUGGGCAGAAAGAGCGGAAACGAGAAGAUGCGAUUACACAACAGAACACAAUGCAGAAUGAGGCUGUAAGCUUGUUAGAUCCGGGGAGUUCUUACCUGCUACAAGAGCCAUCUAGAACAGUUUCAGGAAGAUACAAAAGCACAACCACCGCCUCUGAAGAAGAUGUCUCAAGUAGAUUUCCCCGAACAGAUAGAAGUGGAUUCAGCAGGUAUAACAGGGAUGCAAAUGCUUCAGGUAAUUUGGUCUCAAGUAGCACAUUGGAAAAGAAAAUUGAAGAUCUUGAAAAGGAGGUGGUAAGGGAAAGGCAAGAAAACGUAAGACUCGUGAGACUAAUGCAAGAGAAAGAAGAAAUGAUUGGGAAACUCAGAGAAGAGAUCGAUUUGUUAAACAGAGACCUAGAUGACAUAGAAGAUGAAAAUGAACAACUAAAGCAGGAGAAUAAAACUCUUUUGAAGGUUGUUGGGCAGCUAACAAGGUAGAAGAUUCAAGGCUCAGUGCGGAGAAAUAUUUUAAAACUACUGAAUGUUAUGGUUAAUGCUAGGACAAUAUUCCUAUGCUGUAAUGCAUUAAACUAACUAUGUAUAUUUAUUUCUAGAAAACAGUGGGUGUUUCUUUUCAAAAUAUUUCUUUUUCAUUAUCAGUUUCCAAAAGUAUCAACCUUUUACUCCAUGAAUAAGUAACAUCUUUUAGUUACUAAACUGGUAGGUUAGGCCUCUUUUGGUUCUGUGUGUUAUUCAAAUAAUAUAUGGUUUAAAGUCACAACCAUCUGAAUAUAUUGCAUGUAUGGUAGUAUGUUUUCUCCCUCAAAGAAUAUACUUAGUGUUUGUUUACAUGAAUUCAGAUACUUUGGGGGAAUUACCUGCAAAGGCCUUAUUACUGAUAUGUGCAACUUUUCAUAUGUUGAUGAUAUUUCAUAAAGGUCUGUGUCUACUGUCAUUUUUCCUUUCAGCUUAUUCUAAGCAAUUUAGAAGAACAUAGAGUCACAUUUUUUAUAACAGUCAUCUUUAAAAAGGAAAGCUAAAAAAGUCACUUAAUAUCAUGUACUAGUUGGCUAAAUAUAAAAUUUAAGAGAAUACUUGAAUUGUGCUAUAUAGUAAAUUAAAAUGUACUAUUUUGUAUUCAGAUAUUGAAAAAAAUUUAAAAUCACUUUGACUUUGGAAAAACAGUUGUAAUUUUAAUGUAUAAUUUCUUAUGUAGGUACUCCUUUUUUUAUAAUUAUUCCAAGGUUUAUAAGUGAACAUGGAGUAUUUUAAAGGUUGUUUAUUCAUCAAGCCUAAAGAGUAUAUAUAAUUUCAGUGACUGUAUAAGAAAAACAAUUCAUAUUCUUAACUACAUGCAUUAGAAUCAAACCAAAAUAUUUAUCCACAUUUAAAACAUUUAUAUUUACAGUAACAAAGCAGUGCAUAAACAGAAAUAGUACUGAAAUAUUUUGCUUAAUUUCUGACUUGGCAGAUAACACUGUGACACAGUUGUUCUCAUAUGAGAAAAUUAUUCCCCUACCUCAAAUUUAAGGACUUUUCCUCUUAACUUUGAAUUUUUAAAAACAGAAUUAUUUUGAAGAAUUAUGAAAAUUUUCUCUUUGAUCAAAUAAUAAUAGUAUUUAGACUUGUUUUGUGUUACGUUUUCAUGUUGAGUAAAGAAAUUGUCUCCUUUAAGAUACAUUAAGAAUGGUCUGUCUGAUGUUGAAUCUCUGAUAGUACACCAGUUAAUGUAUGUAAAUAGCUUGAACAUAGUAAAAUCCAUUUUGGGUGCCUACCGACUCUUCACUUGCUAUGUCACUUCAUGAUUCACUGUUAGAAAAUAGGGAGGGUAAUUGCAGAGUAAAUGGUGAAUAUCAGAUGUUGAAUUCUGACACUCUCUUCAGAUUGCACCCUCUCGCCUGCCACAUUCCCCCACUUCAGAAGUUCAGUCUUGAGUAAUCAUCAGAGUCACCUGGAUUGCUUAAAAGGAGUUCCUGGGUUACCACUUCUAGCUAGAUUUAGGUUGAGACCUUGGAUAGAAUAAGCUCAACAUGUGGUGAUUCGGAUCAUAAUUUCGAUUUGGAAACAGCUCCUCGUGCCUCUUUCCUCCCAUAACUUCCAUUGGAAUCACUGAAAUUAACAUAAUUUUAGCUAUCAGCAUUAUUUCACCCUUUAAUUUAUUUAAUAAUUAACUUUGUUUCUCGAAAACUUCUCAUAUGUCCAUAUAUAUAUAUUUACCAAAAAGUUCAAUGAUAGAUUACCAAACUUGAUAUAGUUGUAGAAUUACUGCAUGAGGGCCUCCUUUGGGAGAAUAUUCCCAGCGUGGGAGUAGUGGUUUGCUGCCCGCUUGUCAAAGUGCCGUGCCAGGCUCAGUCACUGGCUUUGGCUGUGAACCCCUCAUUUGCCUUUCUUUACCCUUGGAUGUAUGGCAGAAACACAGUAUUGCCUUGUUUCCCAUCCGUGGUUUGGAUAUUGUGAAAAUGGUGUCAGUAUCCAGCCUUAAAAUAUAUUAGUGUACUCAUUCUCCAAAUAAGAGAAGUAUUUUGAAUUUUCUGUUUAAUCCUUUGGGAAGUAGAGAAAUAUCUCAUUUCCCUCUUUAAAUUUAUACCAGGUAUUAAUGCUUUUAAAGACCAAGCCAUUUUAAAUUUUCCCUUUAUUUCAGUUUACCAGGAACGUUUCCAAUAAUCAACUUUUACAUAGUGGUACGUAGUAUAGAUGCAGAAAGGAGUCUGACAACUUUGGCAAAGCAGUUCAUGUGCUGUCUUCCCUUCCAUCCUUAAAAUGUGCAUUUAUAUCACAUACAGGUUUGACACUGAAUGUUGAAAAGCAAAGUAAGAUCUGCUACAGAUUCCCUUUAAAUUUUAUAAAAAGCAUUGAGAUUUUUAAAAGGUUGCUUAAAUGUACACUAUCUUAAAAUACUUGACUUUUGUCAAUAAAGUGUUAGUAUUUGUGAAAUUAUUAGUCCAAUUCAGAAAUAUUUCUUAUAUUUCCUGGAAAUUUGUGGCAUAAUAAAGCAUAUCCAGAGUUUAUGUGUUUAUGAUAUUAUUUUCCAAACAAUAAGUUUAUUAUCUUUAGGAUAAACAUGACUUGCUUCCUUGAUUUCUGGCAUAUAUUAUCUUGCAAAUUACUGAAGUUAUCUGUUUUAUCUUUCUAAAAUUGUUACUGAUUUUGUUGCACUACAGUUACCUUUAGAGAGGAAGAGGAAGGCUUUCCGCUGUAUAUUUCUAAGGGAAUUUACUAGAUGUAAAUAGCUUGUCAAACCUGCUCAAGUAGUUUAGCUUGUCAUACUUGCUCAAGUAGUUUAUAAGCAUCAGUAGAUACCUGAAGCAGUGUAUCUUUUAAAAUAACUUUUUAAUUCCAGUAGAAAGCAGUGUAUUCCUAAAGGUGAAAAUCCUACCUCAGUUACAUGUGGUUUAUAUUUUCUGGAUUAAUCUGGAUUUUUAUAAUUAGAAACUAAGAUGCAAGUUUUAAAGUCCACUAAUACUUUGUGGAAAACAGUGCAAGUCAAUGUAGUAGAAUGUCCAUAUGUUCAACACUGAAAGACACAAUAGGAGGGACCUUGGGUUCGAUGAUCAGUUGGAUGUCCUAGGCAAUAUUGCUAUGUAUAGUGAUAGUCUUCUUUGUAAUUCUUUGAUCUUGACUCAGUACCUAGUACGUUCAUGCAGUAUUGGCACUUAUUUAAUAACUACUCAAAAUGUUGUUGAUAACCUGUUAUAAGAUUCAGGCAUAUGUUUUCAUCUUGCAACACAAAAAAACAAACACACCAGCUUUUCACUGAGGAGAAUUUAUUAAGUGAGGAGGAACUGGCAUUUGGGAAUUAGAACUUCAAGAUAACAUGCUAAAGUCAGUGGUAAAUGUUAUUAUAUCUAAACCAUUCCUAAUAUGUAACAAUAAACUUUCUUUUGCACUGGAACUGUGCUCGCAUAAACAAAGGACUUCCCAUUGAUUAGGAUUGUAACUAGUAUUACUUAUCUGAGAACUAGUAACACUUUUCUUUUGUUUCAAUGAACUGAAGACAUAGUACUAGUUAGACAGCAGAUAUUUUGCUCAUCAGAUCCAUCAACAGAGGCACUUCCCCCCAUGCUGUUGGUUUUCUCAUUGAUGGAUAGAAGUUGGUCAUUUGAUUCUCAGUGUAGGCUUGAAUCAUUGCCCAAGAAAACCUGACUCCACAUUGUUUUUUAACAUGUUAAAGCAUAUUAAAGUCAUAUCCCCAGCCCCAGCCCCAAAUAAUUAUGUUGUGAGUAUGUGAAAAAGGUAUGGUUAGGGGGGUAUGUUACAUUUUCACACUUACUCUUUUAGCAAGUAUAUAUUAGUCAACUGGGUAUACAAUUCUAGAUAUUACAGAAGUUUCCAAAAAAUGGACAUGGACCAGCACUUAUAUCUAGUAGUGUAUAAUCUGUAAUGGUAUAUAAGUAGCAUUAGCUGGUCUAAUCUUAAUAGUUCAUUCAAAAGUAUUCCUUUUGUAUUAAUUAUCAGGCCAUUGUAUUUUAGCUCCGGAUAAUAGGUACUGUUUAAUUUGCUGCAGCAUUUACUGAAUGGUGGAAAGAACUGAACAUAUUGGGAAGUAUCUUUCCAUGUUUCUUUCAGAUAAUUAUAUAUUAUGAAAAGAACAUUUUAAAGCAUUUGGAGCAGUAAUGAAGUAAAAAGAAUUCAGUGUAUGUCAGAUACACCCAACUGUUGAUGCUAUUCAAAUGUGAUUUUGAGUUAGUUUUUCUGUAUACAUUAUUGAUUACUGAUUUGUUUUUAGGUAUUUAAGUCUAAAAAACAGUUCACAUAUUGGCAGUCACUUUGGUAAUAAUAGAAUAUUAGUGAUGAUCACUUGAUGGACAUUUAUUACAUGCUUAUUUUGUUUCCCCUUCUGCAUACCUGAUAGAUGUAUAUUACUUUUUUUUUUUGUAAACUUGUUUCUUGAAAGUUUUGACCAUGCUAUUCAGGGUGUUUAAUGUUAUGCUUUUCUUCUAAAUUUAAGUCUAAGAUGUCUGCUGUUACUAGUAAAGAACAUAUGAAAGCUAAAAUUUACUGUUUUGUUGAAAAAUCAGCUAAUUCAGAUAAUCCAAUUAUUUGUAGAGAAACAUCUGAUAAUUUAUUGAUUACUUUAGUAUUGUAUAGACAACUCUCAUAAUUCUCACUGCAUAGGUUUUUACUGGGGUAGUGAACAUGAUAAAGAUUCACUUCUAAUAUGCUUUGCAUGUAAAAUAACAAAUAUUCAAUAAAAAAGUAAAUUUUCAUUUAAUUUUUAACACUGGUUAAUUUUUUCUUCCUUCCUCUACCAUCAGUAAAACCCUGACCUUGAGUUUUAUUUUCAAAGUUAAAGGACAUUGCUAAUUGUUCUAAUUAGCUUUUGUGCCUCUUACUGAAACAAUAUGCAGUACUUUAAAAUCUUCAGAAUAUUAUUGUAAAAGGAAUUGUGUAUUAACAGGCGAAAAUAUAGUAUUAAUAAAUCUGAAUACAUUUGUGGUGAGGCUUUUUGAAAUAGUGAAGACGUGUACACAUAAUUGUCUUUGUGUUUUGAAACUACACAAAUAAUUUCUUAAUCCAAACUUGGAUCUAUCAUCCACUAAGUCAGAUGGUGGUCAAAGAAUUUCAGGUCCCUUACAGUUAGAAAAGAUAAGUAGAGGUCUGGGAAUGUAAAAAUCCAGUCUUUUUUUUUAUUUUCGUAAAUGGUUUACAGAACCUUUUGCCUAAUGUGUCAUUCUUUAUACACCUGCACAGGCUAAUUGGUCUUCUUUACUUCUAGAACUGUAGAUUAAUCUUCUCAGUAAUGUCAUACAUGUCUAACAAGUGAACAGGCAUCUUUCAGUCAGGCUGUUUAGACAAUGUCUCAAGUCCUUAUGUAAGAAUGUACUCCAUUAGCAAGUUUAUCAAAAAUAUUUUGCAGAGUCUCCUAGUCUGCACUGGAACUGGAGCCCUUUAUCUUAGACUUCAUCAAAUCCACCCCCUCCUCAUUUUUUUUUUCCUCUCUCUCUCUCCUAGAUUCACUCAGUGGGUGCAUACAUUUCUAUGAGUAGCUUUAAACUACCUACAUAAUUUUUUAAUCUCAUGCCUCUAGUUUUCUCUUCCCACUUCUACAAGAGGUUACAUUUUGUUCCUGGUCAGCUUCUUGGAAAGAACUAUGUAAUAUUAGACCUUUAUGUUAAAGAAACAGAACUAGUUAUAAUAUCCUUUACAAUCUCCCUCCCUCUUUUUUGGAUGUCUAACCAUGUAAGGCUAAGAAGAAAGCAAAAUUUAUCUCUUAAUUCUGGACCAAACGCACAAUUCAGCUGUCACUUUCAAAAAACUACUGUGACUGAAUAAAGAUGCUUUUAAUAAGGAGAAAGCUACUUGGUGUCAGUUAGUUGAGUGAUAUGAAAAAAAAAUGAAUAUGACCCAGUUAGGAAAGGUAGAUUUAAGUCACUAAAGAAAAUUAUGCCAGUAAUUUUCAUGUUAACUGUAUUCUGUGUUGAAGUAUGUAAAACCACUCAGUAUAAAUUAUAGUCAAUCCAUAUGUGAUUAGCUGCUGUACAUGUUAGAUAUACUAUGGGACAUGAAAUUAACAGUAUUUGAGCUUUUAUCCAGGGAAAUAUUUGUGUUUCUUUAAAAUGUAAACUAUUAAUAUUUGUUAUUAAACGAAGGUAAAUGAUGUCAUCAGUGGACAUUUUAGCUUUAUGGAAGCAAAUUUUUAAGAAAAAUAGUAGAAAGGUAUCUGAUUCCUUUUAUUAUUCUUGUAGUGCAGAAGUAUAAACAAAGAUAUCAGUCGGAGGCAUAGGAAAGUUCAUUUGAAGAACCUGCAAAUCACUUUGGGUAAAAAUACUUUCAUCUUAUACAGUGUUCAGAAAAUGGGGAAAAUUAUAGCCUUUUGUAGUAGAUUGAAAGUUUCAUGUAUGAAUAGUUCAGGACAGUAAACAUCACUAACUUGAAGUAAAAUUAUGCCAGUAAUUUUCACAUUAACCGUAUUUAUUAUUUGAAGUAAACCAGUUAAUCAGUGAAAAUUGUAAUCGGAUGAAUGGACAUUUCAGAAUGCUAAUUAAUGAUCAAUAGACGCCUAAGAGUACCUCUUGUAACUCUUUUGAGAGCAAUAUAUCUUCAGUUCUGUUAAGCAGGGUAACUCAGUUAACAAUUUGAACGUAACUUUAACCCUAAUUUCGUAUAGGGCAUCCUGAGUGGCUCAAUGGUAAAGAAUCUGCCUGCCAUUGCAGGAGUCUCGGGUUCGAUCCCUAGGUCAGGAAGAUCCCCUGGAAAAGGAUAUGGCAACCUACUCCAGUAUUCUUGCCUGGAGAAGUCCAUGGACAGAGAAGCCCGGCAGGCUACAGUCCAUGGGAUCGCAAAAGGGUCAGGCACCUCUAGUGCCUUAACAAUUUCAUAUAUGGUGAAAACAUUCGGUGGUUAGUUACUCGGUAGCCAUAUAUGCCAGGCAUUGUGUUCAGUGCUCUAAGUAUUUAUUUGAUUCCUUAAACUUAUGCAAGAAAGAGAUUGGGAGAUUAAUUUGCUCAAGGUGAGAAAGCAGUGUUUUUUACCUUUUGCUGCGACAUACUUUUAUGACAUAAUCACUGUCCUAUUAAAUAUUUUCCCAGUGGUUCUCAGAGUCUGGUCCUCACACUGGUAUCCUUGGCUUCUCUUAGAAACCUGUUAGAAUACAAAUUCUUGGGCCCCACCCAACAACAGAAUGAGGUGAGGCCCAACAAUCUGUUUUAACAAGCCCUUCAAAUGAUUCUCAUGCAGGUCAAAGCUUGCAAAUUUGCAUCAUGCAUUUCUGUUUUUAAGCAAAGAUCUUGGUCUUUCUUUUGUCUGGACAUUGUAUAAGCAACAUAACAAGAACUUAGGGGGUGGGGAAGUGAUCUUCUCAGUGUUGCUUAUGUUGCAAAAGAUUGUAUCAGGAAAAAGCCUCAGCAUGGAUACUGGCAGCUUGACAUAAACCUAUUAGUUUAGUAUUAUCUCUGGAACUCAAAUGAAUUCUUAAGUCCAAGAGUCUGUAAAUGAAAUCUUUGUUUUUCUGUGUUAAGGUCGAUCUCUUAUUGCCUGAAGCUUUUUGGUAUCCGAAGUGCAUUUUUGUUAAACUUUAAACCUUAAUGGGAGCAAAUAAAUGUAUGUUUCAUUAGA